GACAGCAGGAGGGCAGGGCCGCCAGCCCGGAGCAGUGACCGCUGGGGCACCGGCGAGGACACUCUCGCUCCACCUGGUGGGAGCCCGUCUGUGCGCAGGGGGACUGGUGCCAGGCAACAUGGUUUCUGCAGUGGCGUCUGGCCUCAUCGUCUCUUUGCUACUGCUCCCGAGGGCCCUGCAGUUGGCGGCCCACUCCGUGCCAAUGCAGGCCGCCUUUCUGGAGGACCUGGGGGGCAGCGGGGAGGUUGAGGGCUCAUCGGCUUCCUCCCCGAGCCUCCAGCCAUCCCGGACCCCGGUACUUAGCCCCACAUCGGUGGGGCCCCCGCCCACGCCCCUGGCGGGCCCCAAACCCCCCACCAACUUCCUGGAUGGGAUCGUGGACUUCUUCCGCCAGUACGUGAUGCUCAUCGCUGUGGUGGGCUCUCUGGCGUUCCUGCUGAUGUUCAUCGUCUGUGCUGCCCUCAUCACGCGCCAGAAGCACAAGGCCUCGGCCUACUACCCCUCAUCUUUCCCCAAGAAGAAGUAUGUGGACCAGAGUGACCGGGCUGGAGGCCCCCAGGCCUUCAGCGAGGUCCCAGACAGGGCUCCCGACGGCCGGUCCGAGGAGGCCCUGGAUUCCUCCCAGCAGCUCCAGGCUGACAUCCUCGCGGCCACCCAGAACCUCAAGUCUCCGGCCAGAGCGGCCACAGGCAAUGGCGAGGGAGCCAGGCUGGAGGGCAAGUCAGAGGAAGAGGCCAAGAGCGGCCCAGAGGUGGAGCAGGAAGCCCAGGGAGCUGGGGUGGCAGCAGAGAAAGCAGCAAUGCAAGAGGACCCCUGUGCAGUGGUGGUGGAGGUGGCCGCAGGGGUCAGCGAAGUCCAAGAGGGGCCAGAGGGGACUCCUUCAUUAGCCCAGGGGGCUGGGGGGGCAGACGGUCCCCCUGAAGGCCCCUGUGCUUGUAGCAGUGUCACCCCCAGCGUCUAAGUGGCUCAGGGGCUGCCCGUGCUGACUGUCAGACCCCUCGUGGUCACCCCCAUGGGUGUGGAAAGGACCUUGGUCCUUCACUGUGCCCUGACACCCCUCCUCAGCUGCUCCCCUGCUGCAAAUCCCAGCGUGUCCUGGUCCUUCUAUGGGCAGAUAUGGUGCUCUCGCGUCUGGCCCAGGAACCUCACCAAGUUCCAGAAAUAUUUGCCCCGCAGCCCCAAAGGGCUACAGACCAACACAACUCCACGUGGAGGUGGGGAUGGUGAAGGAGGGGGGGCCCCUCCCAGCCUCCAUAAAAUGAUCCACAAAAUCAGCCGCACAACUGCGAAACAUGUGUCUAGUCCCCGUGACAGCGCAACCUCACGAGUUUCCAUGCAGCCAGAAGACAAGAGCAGAGCAAGCAGGCCUUCGGCGGGGCGCCCGCUGGUGCCGCACGCACAGGAGAAGCAGCGGCUCUAUCUCAGGACGGCUGGCGGGCCCACUCUUUGGACCCCCAUCCCGGCUGAUGUCUCCGUGUCUUUGGCCAGAGCGGCCACAGAAGUGGCCUGAUUAAUCAGGAAACUUCCAGGGACAGCCCUUUAAUGAGCAUUUCCCAAACUGGCUUCCCUGAGGAACUCUGUGGAAGAAAGAUUUUGAGGGUCAGUGAGUUGGGGGAAUAAGCCUCUCUGCUCCCCGUGCCCCCCUGAGAGAACCCCGGAUUCUGACAACCCCACAGUGAAGGCUGCUGGGAAUCUGGCUUUGCUUAGCCUUUCUCAAACUGCUUUGGAUUGUGGAGUGCAAUUUUCUAAUAUUUUUGCAGCUACAGCAUGACAACUUACAGGGCACGAUCUGGAAAUAUGUGCCCUAAGUGCUCCCAAGGGGGCCCCCCACUCUCUGGUCCAGGGUUAGGGUGUGGGGCGUGGGGGUCUCUCAAGUGCUGCCCAAACAUCUCAGCCCAGGGGUGAAUUUCUCAUCCUCCCAUGUGCUGGGUGGAGUCUGAUUCCAGCCUUCCUUGUCAGACCCCCAGAAACUUCAGGGCUGCAUGUGAGGCGCCUGACUAUGAGGGGGUCUGAGGGGACAGGAGGGCUUUCCACACCCAGCCUGGAGCCGGGGGUCCCUGGCCCCCACCUCGCGCUCACACAGCAGCCUGUGUUCACAGCAUUCCUUAGUGGUUGACAAGGGAGCUUGAGCUCCGUCUUGAUUUGGGGAGGCUCUGAGGAGUCUCAUUCCCCACCCCUCUCCCCAACCUCUGCACAGCUCUGCAGGUGCUGAGAUACCCAAAGCUCACAAUAAACCUUGAUCAGGCUGAGUCUCGCCUGUUU